AUGUCAAAAGUUCAAGCCUCUGUCGUUAAAGUUCCAGACAGUGAACUCAUUGAAUUUCUUCAACGUUACAUUCGACGUAAGAGGAAAUAUUAUGCCAUCGUUGAAUUUAUACAGUCAGGAAUGCAAAAGACUUCAGAAGAGAUGGAAAGAAUUAUUGACAAACACCACUUACGUCAGUACUCAGGAGUUUACGAUAUGAAACGACUGACAAACUACAUUCUGUCAAAACUUUCAAAAUACCCCUUCAAAAAGUAUCCUUCAAAUACUCUGCUCGUUUGUGACGACUUCGCCGGAAAAGGUUUAGUGUCAAAGCCUGACUCACCAUUAGCUAAUAUCAUUACUAAAGUCAGACAUUACCACUUAACUGUAGCAAUACUUAUGCAAACAUGGAGGUUUUUAGCUUUAAACAUAAAACGUCUCAUAACUGACUUCGUUAUCUUUCAAGGUUUCUCACGUUAUGAUAUUGAACUCAUUUGGAAACAGUCAGGUAUAACAUUACCUUUUGAAGAAAUUUGGGAAGCAUAUAAGUCUCUCAUCUCUCCUCGUUCAUACCUUGAGAUUCAUAUCAUGACUAAUACCAUUAAAGUCAAAAAUAUUCCAUGGGAACGACCAACAUUGUUUUAA